CAUCGAAGAAUGAAAUUCACGUUAUUAUUGGAUUUGGUCGGUUCGUUAUUUCCUUAUCUUAUCAAUUCAUGUUCGCCGCAGUAUCGCAAAGAACUUCACUACCUCGAUUUUUACCUCGGCAUUAGACCUUUCAACGAUGGUCACUUCGAAGUUGAGGAAGCCUUAACGAAUCGAUAUAUAACUAAUGCAUCAGAUUUGGGCUGUAACUUCACGAGUUCGUGCCACUGGAAGAAUGCUGAUAGUGAUGGCCUUCUUGACACAUCUGAUUUUUACAGAUUUUACAAAUCUGAUUACAAGUCAUAUCCUAUACAAAUUGCGCCUGGCAAUUCAACUCCAGCCCUAGGAUCGACAUUUGCAUUCGCUGGAAAUACUACAAAAAAUGGCCAAAGUGCAUUAUUAAUAAGUUCUCCGGUUGUCUUGUUACGGCCGCCGAUGAUUUGUGGUUUUAUCCAGCCAAGAAACAGUUUAUGUGACAUAAAUAUGCCCGAAAUAGAAGUGCCAUUCCGAAUUGGUAUUCGAGCUUAUAAUCUUAGAGAUCCAUCAGUUGGCAGUUUAGUGAUGAUUGGAAAUAUCAAUUAUAUGGCUGAUAUAUGUCUCGAACCAAAAUUAUCAUCAAUAUUUGGCCGUACAGCUGUACCACCAAUAUUUUAUCUGCCACUUCCACAAUCCGGUUCUGAAUAUAGUUGCAUAGAUUAUCGAUCAAACUGUCUUUGGGCGAAUUCAUUAUCAUCUAUUUCCGAGUGGAAGAUUGGUCGUAAUAUCAAGCAUUGGAAUGAAUAUAUAAAAUCAAAAACGAUGCCAAAUGGUACUUUCUUUUAUCAGUAUGUUGAUUCGACCUUUGAUAAACCUUAUUCGCAAUUAAGGUCUGAAUUAAUCCCAUGUACCAAAAGCAUUUCUUCAUUGUCGUUCAGGUACUGGAUGAAUGAAGGUACGCAGGUGCAGGUGUGUUCAAUAAAUGAAAGGAAUAUUGUAAUAAGCUGUGCAUAUUUAAACGAAGAAAAUUCUCCUGGUCCUAUAAUCAUCGAUGUAGAUGCACCAGCCGAUGAACCUUUCCGAGUUACUGCUGGCUUAAUCUUUUUUUCAGUCCCGAAGUGUUUUACUAUUUUGGAAUUGAUCCAAUUCCAAAAAAUAUUUGCAGGCAAUGUUGCAUUGGCUAUAUUAAAUAAUAAGAAUCGCGUACUGCUAGUUUCACCGCUUACACCAUGUGCAAUUGAUUCAACGAUCAAAACUGUUUAUUAUUCCCAAAAUGCGAUCCUUAAAAUUUGUGUUAAAGAAAAAUGCAUUCGCAGUAAUAUUGAUGAUUCAGGUUCCAUCUUUUUCCAAUUUAAUUCAAAAAUUCUCUCAGUUCAAGUCCAUCAAAAGACAUUUGGCUCAGAAGUGUAUAUCUGCGAUAGUGACAGUGAUAGCCCGCAUGAUGAUAGCUGUCAUUUGUUAUUGGGUCCAAUAAUAAAAAAAAACAAAAUUAAGAAGUCAAUUUAUAAUUUAGAUUAUUUCAAAAAUCAGUUUUCUUUGGUUUUUUUUAAUGAUAAAUUUGAACAAUUUGGUGACGCAGAAUUUGAAAUUUUUUCAAUUGAUAUUUUUGAUGAAUUUAACCAAAAAUUGUGUUGA